AUGGCCAUAACCAUACAGCGGGUGAACAGGACCGUACGCUCAACAUGCGCACCCAUGCUUGCCAUCGUCGGAUUCUCCUGCCUACUCACCAUCCUGUUCGUCUUGUAUCAGCCAACCCUAGGACCAGGCGCUUUGCAACGAAUUGAUUGGCAGUCUUGGGAGGUAAUCGACUUACCUCUCGACAAUGCAGCGGCGGGUAGCUCCCAUGAGCAGUCAGCCGAUCCGCAAGUCGGGCUGGGCCACGGUGCUGGGGACACCAAGCCUGGGGGAGUAGAUUGGUGGAAUGUGACGGAUAGCAUCGACACUGGCGUAGACUUUGCUAGCUUACCUUUGGAUGUAUGGAACCCGUUGUUGCCGCAUAAUACUGGCAUAUCUGAAAUUACUAUUUCUCGAUGCAUGGUCAGCCCGAGCAUGGCUGGCGAUAUUUGUACGCCGUACACUACCAGCGCAGAUGACUCCCACAAGGGCAAGUGGGUACGGAUCGACAGGAACUUGGACCGCGAGUCAGGCGCCUGGUAUCUCCACAUAUAUUACAGAAGGACCCGUCGUCAGGAUAUACCUCUUAUCGACGACGUACUUCUGUUGGGCGACGCCGAGGAGCCUCCAGCACGACCUGACGGCUCGUGGCAGAGAGUAUCUCGUUCCACGCGUGAUGGCGUUGUUCACGUUCCAAAGCUCUUCUUGUGGUACCACCUGGGAAAGACCCUGCAGGAAAUGACAAAUGAAGAGCGGCAGAAGGACUUGAUAACGGAACUCGAUAUCCUCUAUGGCGAAAAUCCUCCUUGGUUCGGUUUCAGUAAGGUCGAUCCGCCUAUCACUGCAGAACAAGAAGGAAGGAUACAAAGCGUGUGGUUGACGUAUCGCAGAGGUGUGAAGAUUCCUGCAAAAGCGCCACCGCUCCAUUUCUCGCACGAUGGUAAAUUCAAGAUCAUGCAAGUAGCCGACUUGCACUUCUCCGUUGCCCCAGGAGACUGCAGAGACACGAUUUUGUCUCCUUGCACACAUUCCGACAAUCUAACGAAUACUCUCCUUUCACGUGUACUCGACGACGAGAAACCCGACUUGGUGGUGUUCACCGGCGAUCAGCUCAACGGCCAGGGUACUUCCUGGGAUGCUGGCUCCGUGCUGUCGAAGGUUACGCGCCUGGUGAUUGAGAAGAAGAUACCGUGGGCCGCAGUCUUCGGUAACCAUGAUUCUGAAGAUGAACUCAGAAAUGGAAGGAACGGCCGAGAAGAACAGAUCAAGAUGAUGCAAGCGCUGCCUUACAGUCUGGUGCAAAGGGGACCGAAAGAUGUACAUGGCGCAGGGAACUACCUACUGAAGGUGAAGAGUGCAGAUCCGUCGAAGACACAUCUGUUAACUCUUUAUUUCUUAGAUUCUGGAUCUUAUUCGAAAGGUAUCCUCGACUGGUUUGGCUUCUUCACCCCGACCGAGUACGACUAUAUUCGCGAGAGCCAAACCAACUGGUUCCUUCAGGAAUCAGCUUCGAUCAGGGCCAUUGAACGUCCAUUCCAUCCAGACACCGGCAAAGACUUUGGUGACAUUUGGAAACGUCAAGGUGUGGACCAACUGACUCCGGCAACCCGCAAACUAGCAAAGCCAAAUGCGUUCAUGUUCUUCCACAUUCCUCUACAAGAAGCCUACGCCAAAGCAGACAUCGAUCCCGUCACUAACAAGGCUCUCGACGUGGGCAGGCAUGGUAUGGAACCUGCUGGGUCUGCAAAAAAGAACGAAGGAUUCUUUGAGAAGGGGUUGUUGAGAGCGACGGAAAGCGAUCAUGCCACUAGCAGUGGUAUUCCCGAAGUGAAGGUUGUUGGGAAUGGACACUGUCACAUAACGGAGAACUGCAGGCGCGUUAAAGGCAUCUGGAAUUGCUUUGGAGGAGGAGGAUCAUACUCUGGUUACGGAAAGGUAGGUUUCGACCGUCGCUUCCGUGUAUACGAGGUCUCCGAUUUCGGCGAGACGAUCAAAACCUACAAACACACGGAGAAGGAUGAGAUUGUAGAUGAGAUGGCACUGGCUGGCAAGGAUGCACCGAGGCUUUCGUCUUAG